CAUCUGCUACCCUUGUCGGUAGAAAAAACUCCUUUAAAAUUUUCAAAAUAUUCCAAUUUUGUAGAAGAAAAUAUACUUAAGCGCAAUCCGGAGGUAGCACAAGUUGGAGUUCGAACUCGAAAUUGAAGUUAAAAUAGAAGUUGCGCAAAAUGGAAAGAUAACCCCAUGGAAUAUUUUAUACGUAGAAGAAAAAUAACAUUUCUACGGCGAGCUUCAUUUUGCGUAUGCGUACCUCCCCGUUUUGGCUUCCUAACCCAGCGGAUGACCAAGACGUGUGGUGGCAUUAUCCCGCCCCAGCCAUAUCUUCAUUUCAGGACAUACAAUUUUUAAUCCCCUCUUUGGAAAAACAUGCCAUUGUACAUAAAUAGAGGCAACAUCCGGAACAGAAGAGAACUGAGAAAAUUGGCCAGGAUACAAAAAAAGGAAAAGAAGCUCCUUUUUUCCAAAAAGAAAAAAAAUACCCAGGGAAGAAAUAUUUCCACUAUCAAUACCCCCGAUGAAUCGCUGGAGGGAAGGUCAACAAAACAGGACGAAGGAAAUAUGAAGAGAAAAAGAAAUUACAGCGAGGGCAACAAUUUAAACGCCACACCCAAAAAACAAAAAAAAACAUCUCAUAGCAAAAUUAAGUAUGAUAUAUCUGCUGAGCAAGAAAAGGAUAAUCAGUUAUUAUCGUACCUGUCGAAGAAGUUAAAGAUUAACAACAAGGAUGAUGGGAAAAAUAACGAGGAAAAAAUUUUUAAACAGUUGGAGAAGGACGGGUUUGACACAAAUUUGCUAAAAUUGACCGACAUCAUAUUUGGAGAAUUUCAGAAAAGUUAUAAAAAAAAAUGUAAAAAGGGUAACAAUGCCCUGCGGGAGGGGGAUGACACGCCGGGGAGGUCCUCUGAGGAUGAGGGGGUUCUAAGCGAAGGUAGAGAUGAUGCACCAAGCGAGGAAGACACGGAGAAAAAAGAGACACAAAAGGAGAGGCAAAAGGAGAGGAAAAAGGAGAGGAGGAAGAAGAAGAGUCACACAGGGAUAACGCAAAACGGAGCGGAAAAAGACGCAGAAGGGGAGGAGGGGAUGCUUCCCUCCAGGGGAAGGGUGAGCGAAGGGAAGAAAACCGCAAAAGCGGAAAAAAAGAAAAAGAAAAAGGCACCCAACUAUCCCGAAGAAGCGAAAAAGAUAGAGAAAUUUCUCGUGAUUUCUCUGAACAAAACUUCCGAGUUUAAUAUAAAAUGCAUUAUUCAAGAUCUGUGCAAAUAUUUUCACGAGCUGGACGACGUGAAACUAAAAGUUAUGUUUAAUGAUGCCCUCACUAAAAUAGUGUGCAACCAUUUUAACAAUGUAAAUGCUACGGACAUUCACAUAUGCAUAUGCGUGGUGGUAAUUUGUGUGCUGAACAAUUUGGUAUACCAGAAUUUACUGAGAGAUUUUUUAAAAGCCCUAACUGGGAUUUUUAAACAACACUACGAGGACAAUCGCAAUUUGAUGAGAAAAAUAGAAAGAGAGAAUGAGCUGAGCAGUGUCGUUGCCCGCAACCAUGACAGCCUCCAAGCUGGCAACGAGGAUGCUGGACGAAGUGGGCAAUGUGCGCCGCUAACUCAUUCAAGUGAAGAAAACCAAUGCGGUAUCCCCACGCAGGGAUGUACAAACAAGGCGAAACAAAGCAGUGAAAAACAGAGCAACGCGAAACUGAGCAGCGAGAAACUGAGCAACGCGCAAAAUAAUCAUCUAGUUAGCCAAAAGGAACAGGAGAAAUAUCAAAAUUUUAAAAUCAUUCUGAGAAACAUACUAAAGAGUUUUUGCCUGUUUUAUGCCCGCAGUUACCUCGAUUUCGAUUGCAUAACUGAUAUCAUUAAUUUGCUGUGUGAAGACAUAAGCAUUAGCAGCGUGGACAAUAUAAUUAUCAUUUUGAAGAUUUGCGGAAUGAAGCUAAAAAGUGAAGAUGGCAGUCACUUGAAUUACAUCACGGAUUAUUAAAUGAAAUUCCACUUUUUAAACAAAUUUGAAUUCCUCUUUAGCAUCUUAAAUGAGUUUGAAAAUAAAUAUAACUUCAAGGGGAAAAUGGUAUCUUUUUCAUUCUUAAAAAAUUUUAAAAGUGCCGAAUGUGCCAAAACACAGGGCGGAAAAAAAGGCGCUAAAAGGAGAAAAAGCAGAGAAAACGAAGAAAUGGAAAAAAAGGAUAUGUCUGCAAAUGGUACACUAGUUGGAAGCGAAGCUAAGACAGAUGAUAGGGACAAUAACCCUCUCGGUGAAGAAGAAGCGAAAUCUGUGAAGAACAAAUUUUGUAAGCUAAAUUAUUUAAUGGCGGGGGGAGAAGAAGAAGAAGAUUUUAACGAAUCCUACUUUGGGAAACUUUUAAAAAAAUAUAAAAUUAAGGGAAUUUUACCGAAAAAAAUUUUCUUAAUCAUAAAAAAUAGUCUGGACGUAAAUGAGUGUGUGCACAAUUUAUCUUUAAUUUUAAAAAAGAAGAAAAACAUCCCUCAUAUGUUAAGAAAUAUUUCCAAUGUUAAAAGUAGAAUAUUUUUAUUCAGCUUAAAAACGGUUUUUAUAAAUUACUUGAAGAAUAUCAAUAAUUACGAUUUAAAGCAAGUCCUUUUUUUAAGUAAGUUAUUUACUUUUUUGUUUAAAGAGAAGUUAUUGAAUUUUUGCAUUUUUAAAUUUAUCGAAAUGGGUCCACACGAAAUAGAAGGGAAAAAAAAACAGAAACAUUGUAACCUUUUCUUUUUCUUGAAAACCGUUUUCAUUUUAAUUUCGCUACAUGACAAGUCGAGUGAUUUGACCACCAAUAGUGAACUGUGGUGUCACAUAAUGCAAACCACACAGAGCGGGCACUUGGGAAAAUCCACCAUUUCUGCUUUUAAAGGAAUUGUAAAGAAGUACAUAUUUGACGAGGUAGAUAACAUCGUGCGCGUGUACCCCAACUUUAAGAUAAGAUAUGCUGAGAAGUUUUUCGCCUUUCUGGGGGUGGAAAAGGAGUAA